AUGCCAAGCAAGCAAGUAGCAUCCAGGCCUCUGUCCAAGGUCCACUCCCAAGACCGAAUCGCCCCCUCCUUUUUGUCUCCUCUCCCUGACUUCUUCUUCCCCAGUCUUUCCACUCACAGCUCUCCUUUCUCGAAGUUUUCCCACACCAGAGGGAUUCGUUCUCUCCACAUUCAUUUGAAAACCGCUGUCUUUUACUCCAUUGAUCUUCUACGACAAGCGCGCGACUGCCCUUAA